AUGAAAAGCAGAAGAGGAAAGCCCUCUGAGGCUUUCUGGCCUUCCCUUAUGAUGAAGAAAUGGCUAAACAUAAAGCCAAAGGAAUAUGAUUUCAGUGCAGAUGAGGUUGAUACUGAAACUGAAACUGAAACUGAAACGGAAAGUGAAGAUGACGGUUACUCUCACAAAGAUGCAAGAAAGCACAUGCGUGAUGAUCAUGGCCUUAGAGAAAACCACUCCGAUUUCCGAAGUCAACUUUCAGAUCUUCCAUCUAAGGGCUACAAGUUAAAACACCGGAGAGGGAAAUCAGAAACUGUACGUGCUCAGUACAUAAACACAAAGGAUGUGAGGGUGACAGUAGGCAGUUGGAAUGUUGGUGGAAGACUUCCGUAUGAAGAUCUUGAUAUUGACGAUUGGCUUUGUACCGAAGAACCAGCAGAUGUUUACAUUCUUGGUUUUCAAGAGGUUGUCCCUUUGAAUGCUGGGAAUGUACUGGGAGCAGAGGAUAACAAAUCAAUACCAAAAUGGGAGGCAAUCAUUCGAAAAACUCUGAACAAAUCCUUGGAACCCGAAAGCAAACACAUAUGCUACAGUGCUCCACCUUCACCAGUGCAAAGGACUUCUUCUGUUGCUGAUGUACUUGCAGAAACUAAUGCUCAUCCGUUAGGUUUUCUGGGCAAGGAAUAUGUUGGAGCUACUAAUGGUUGUGACUUGGAACAUGGUCAAUUGAAUAAAGUACUCAGCAUUGGGAGAAAUUUGCAAUGGAGGAGAAUUUAUGGCAUCGAUUGCGAUAGUAGGCUAGAUUGGCCUGAACUUUCACUAGAUGCAACCCCUCAAGUUGUCUUCACCAGUUCCAAAUUGCGGCGGGUGCUGAGCAGUUCUGCGAGAAUGAGCUUUAAUACGUCGGAUAAUCCUUUAAUAUUCAGUCCUCAAAUUUCACAAAAAGAUGGUGGAUUGAAAAGAUCACACCAUAGCUCUGGGAACCUGCGGAGAUCAAUCUCUGUGGAGCAGCAAGAGAUGCCUCAAGUUUUUGACAACCUCUCUAAUGUGUCUGACAGUUUUUUGGAAGAGGAAGAUGAUAUCUUUGAUGAAUUACCAAAUGAACAACUGAAAAAUGAAGUUAUCGAGGAUGGAGCAAAGUUACCUUCUACAUAUGUCCGAAUUGUCAGCAAGCAAAUGGUAGGGAUAUAUAUAUCCGUCUGGGUGCGUAAGAAGUUGAGGAGACACAUUAACAAUCUGAAAGUAUCUCCAGUUGGGGUUGGUCUAAUGGGCUUCAUGGGAAACAAGGGAUCAGUUUCCGUUAGUAUGUCCCUUUUCCAAUCGCGAAUGUGCUUUGUUUGUUCUCAUCUGUCCUCUGGUCAGAAGGAGGGGGCUGAUCAAAGGCGGAACUCAGAUGUGUAUGAAAUUAUACGACGUACCUGUUUCUCGUCUGUCUUUGAUACAGAUCAACCGCUGACAAUUCCCUCUCAUGACCAGAUUUUCUGGUUUGGGGAUUUAAACUAUCGUCUCAAUAUGGAAGACGCAGAUGUAAGGAAGCUCAUUGCUCUCAAACAGUGGGAUGAACUUGUCAGCAAUGAUCAGCUAAACAAAGAACUCCGCAGCGGGCAUGUAUUUGAAGGAUGGAAAGAGGGAGUGAUAAACUUUCCACCUACCUAUAAGUAUGAGAUAAACUCUGACAGAUAUUUUGGAGAGAACCCAAAAGAAGGAGAGAAGAAGAGAUCACCAGCAUGGUGUGAUCGUAUACUAUGGCUAGGAAAAGGCAUCAGACAACUUUCUUACGAGCGGGCAGAAAUAAAGCUUUCAGAUCAUCGACCAGUUAGUUCAGUCUUCAUGGUUGAAGUUGAAGUCCUAGAUCAUUGGAAGCUGCAACGAGCGCUCAAUUGCACUAGUGUAGCCGUUCAUCCUGAGAUCUUCCUGGACGAAGAUGAGGAUUUAGACUAUUAA